UGCAAAUACAGACUUUACAUAAUUCAAGUUAUCCUACUGUUCUUUAUUUAAUUUCCCUUGCCUGGAAUUUUCCCAUCAUCAUUUAUCUGGACUAGUGUAUGCGUAAGUUGAUAAGUGGUUUGUUGUGAUUAGAGUUCAGUGAACUCUCAAUCCCGGCUCCAUCUGUGUAGACGGUGCGUAAUAAAGUGAAAGAACACCAUGCGGCUUGUUAUCCUGGAGACUGCAGAUAAGGUGGCAGAAUGGUCAGCCAGAUAUGUGAUGAAAAGGAUAAAUGACUUCAAACCGGGUCCAGAAAGAUACUUUGUUCUGGGUCUUCCAACAGGUGGAACGCCACUCGGCAUGUACAAAAAGCUUAUAGAAUAUCACAAAGCUGGAAAAAUAUCCUUCAAAUAUGUGAAGACUUUCAACAUGGAUGAAUAUGUUGGUCUUCCAAGGGAUCACCCUGAAAGCUACCAUUUUUACAUGUGGGACAAUUUCUUUAAGCACAUUGACAUUGAUCCAAAGAAUGUCCAUAUAUUAGAUGGAAAUGCACCUGAUUUAGUGAAGGAGUGUGAGGAGUAUGAGAGGAAAAUUACAGAAGCAGGAGGAGUGGAACUGUUUAUUGGUGGUAUUGGACCUGAUGGACACAUAGCAUUCAAUGAGCCAGGCUCAUCAUUAGUUUCAAGGACAAGAGUGAAGACUCUGGCUCAAGAUACACUUGAGGCAAAUGCCCGCUUCUUUGGCAAUGAUAUAUCCAAGGUGCCAAAACAGGCUCUCACAGUUGGUGUUGGUACUGUUAUGGAUUCUAAAGAGGUAAUGAUUCUUAUCACUGGUGCUCAUAAAGCAUUUGCUUUAUAUAAAGCAAUAGAAGAAGGUGUGAAUCACAUGUGGACUGUGUCAGCAUUUCAACAACACCGGCAAACAAUUAUGAUAUGUGAUGAAGAUGCAACACUGGAACUCCGUGUCAAGACUGUCAAAUACUUCAAGGCACUGAGUGAAGUUCAUCACAAACUGAUUGAAGAGGAUGGUUCUGGAUGGAAUAAACAUAAUGGUUCCUCGUCUGAAACUCAGCCAUGGACUGACUGUCUUGUGACCAAAAAUUGGGCCCUUAUAUAUCCUCACAAUAGUAGAAUCUGUGGAAUGUACACAGUAAGCUGAUAGAUGCUGGAAUGAUGAUGGGUGCAGAUGGUGAUAAGUAAUGCAAGGAAGUGCCUUUACACAUUAACACUGGUAAAUCUGAGUUGGGGUUACUUCAUAUCAUCACAAGAAUGGAUCAAAAGCCAAGAAUUUUAUCAGAAAUAAUAAUGUUUUCUAUUGAAAUUUUAUAUAUACUGUUUAUUGUGCUGUUUUGAGGUGUAAUUAUGUUUUUUAUGGAUUAAAUAAUACAUUCCAAUCAUGAAAACAA